CAAAGGCAGAAAGCCGAGCAAUCGAACUGGGGCGCCCCACGGGCAAGCAAGCCCGGCCCGUCCGUCACUCGGCUCGACUCGUCUUGCCUGUUCGCGCUAGCAUUAGCUAACGUUACAUGUGCUGAGGUCGAGAGGGAACUGAUCUCAUUCACUGCUACAAUGCCGACAGUUACUUUACCACCAAAAGAGAACGCUCUCUUUAAGAGGAUUUUGCGAUGUUAUGAGCAUAAGCAGUACAGAAAUGGACUCAAGUUUUGCAAACAAAUCCUGUCCAACCCCAAGUUUGCAGAGCAUGGAGAAACCCUAGCUAUGAAAGGCUUGACCCUUAAUUGCCUGGGCAAGAAGGAAGAUGCUUAUGACCUGGUGAGAAGAGGCCUGCGCAAUGACCUCAAGAGUCACGUCUGCUGGCACGUAUACGGUUUAUUACAGCGCUCUGAUAAAAAAUACGAUGAGGCCAUCAAGUGUUACCGAAACGCGCUUAAGUGGGACAAAGACAACCUCCAGAUCCUUCGAGAUCUGUCGUUGCUGCAGAUUCAGAUGAGAGAUCUGGAAGGUUAUCGGGAGACACGGUACCAGCUGUUGCAGCUGCGCCCCGCUCAGCGAGCUUCCUGGAUUGGUUAUGCCAUUGCCUAUCAUCUCCUGGAAGACUAUGAGAUGGCAGCAAAGAUCAUUGAGGAGUUCAGGAAAACACAACAGACGUCUCCUGACAAAGUGGACUACGAGUAUAGUGAGCUGCUGCUUUACCAGAACCAGGUGCUGAGAGAAGCGGGUCUUUACAAGGAGGCUUUGGAGCACUUGUCAAACUAUGAAAAGCAGAUUUGUGACAAAUUGGCAGUGGAAGAGACAAGGGGGGAGUUGCUAUUAAAGUUGGAGCGUCUGGAUGAGGCUACAGAUGUCUACCAUCGCAUGCAAGAGAGGAACCCAGAGAAUUGGUUAUAUUAUCACGGCCUGGAGAAAGCUCUAAAACCAAGCAGUGUGGAGGAGAGAUUUAAGGUCUACGAAGAUGCCUGGGAGAAGUUUCCAAAAGGCCUCGUUCCUCGCCGGCUUCCCCUCAACUUUCUUACUGGUGAGAAGUUCAAAGCGUGUCUUGACAGGUACCUGAGGAUGAACUUCAGUAAAGGAUGUCCACCUGUUUUCACCACCUUGAGAUCUCUUUACAACGACGAAGAAAAGGUGUCAAUUAUAGAAGAACUAGUGGUCGGAUUUGAGACCUCAUUAAAAAGCUCCCGACUGUUCAGCCAAAAUGAUGAUGGUAAAGAGGAGCCACCAACCACAUUGCUUUGGGUGCAGUACUUCCUGGCUCAGCACUAUGACAUGGUUGGUCAACAGACAUUGGCUUUGGAAUACAUCAACACAGCCAUUGAGAGCACUCCAACCCUCAUCGAACUCUUUGUUGUCAAAGCCAAGAUUUACAAGCAUGCUGGGAACAUUCGAGAGGCAGCACAGUGGAUGGAUGAGGCACAGGCUUUGGAUACUGCUGACAGAUUCAUCAACUCAAAGUGUGCCAAGUACAUGCUGAAGGCUGGCAUGAUCAAAGAGGCGGAGGAGAUGUGCUCCAAGUUCACACGGGAGGGGGCAUCAGCAGUGGAGAACCUGAAUGAGAUGCAGUGUAUGUGGUUCCAGACAGAGUGUGCACUUGCCUACAAGGCUAUGAACAAAUAUGGCGAGGCCCUCAAGAAGUGCCAUGAAAUUGAAAGGCAUUUUGUGGAGAUCACGGACGACCAGUUUGAUUUCCACACCUACUGCAUGAGGAAGAUGACGUUGCGCUCAUAUGUGGACCUGCUGAAACUUGAGGAUGUACUUCGAAUGCAUCCCUUUUACUACAAGACCGCCGUCACUGCCAUUCAGAUAUACCUGAGCCUUCAUGACAAUCCUCUGACUGACGAUAGCAAGGAGUUGCAGGCCGACACUGCUAACCUGUCGGACAAAGAGCUGAAGAAGCUCAGGAACAAGCAGCGGAGAGCUCAGAAGAAGGCCCAGCUUGAGGAGGAAAAGAAGAAUGCAGAAAAGGAGAAGCAGUUGAAGAAUCAAAAAAAGAAGAAGGAGGAUGACGAUGAAGAAAUUGGAGGCCCGAAAGAGGAGCUCAUUCCGGACAAAUUGGUCAAGGUAGAAAAUCCACUGGAAGAAGCAGUCAAGUUUCUGAUACCUCUCAAAAACCUUGUCAAAGAUAAAAUUGACACACACCUACUGGCAUUUGAAAUUUACUUCCGAAAAGAAAAGUACAUGUUGAUGCUCCAAUCAGUGAAAAGGGCGUUAGCCAUCGACCCAGACCACCCAUGGCUACACCAGUGUCUAGUGCGCUUCUUUAAAGGAGUUUCAGAGAGCAAAGAGCUGCCUGACGUGGUUCGGACAGUCUUGAAGCAAGAAGUCACUCGGCUGUUUGGCGACAGCAAUGCCAAGAGCUUCAACCAGGCCUACCUCUCCAAACACUCCAACUCUGUACCACACCGAUUGGCUGCUGCGAAGAUGAUGGUGUACAUGGACUCGUCGACAUUGUCUAAAGCAGUUGAACUGGCCACCGCACUCGAUGAGUCACUCAAAAACAAAUCUAUCCAGAUCUGCACAGAUGUCCUGGAGAGUCUUCGGAGUGGCUCCCUGAGCGACUCAAAGGAGUGUGCUGAUUCAUAUCGUGCAGUGUGUCACAAGCUUUACCCCUAUACAUUAGCUUUCAUGCCGCCUGGAUACGAGGAGAACACCAAGAUCGCUAAUGGAGAUGUGUCCACAGAAACAGAAGAGCUAGCUAACGAGAUGUGAGCAUGACCAGACAAAGGGAGAUGAGAAAAGGAAUAGGGCCUUGCACAGAGCCUUGUGGUACGCCUGGCAGUAAUUUUAUAGAGCCAGACACACGGGAAGCGAAAUCGAUGUUUCGUUCUUUGGCUCAGCUUACAUUGGGUCUGACCCGGCAUGGCUUGGCUCUUUCCCAUUUGCUGAAAAUCAGGACUGUAUGCGUGUGUGUUUGUGUGUGUGUGUAUGUCAUGGAUGUGAAUGAGUCUUGAGCAUGUGUGCGGUUUUGUUUAUUUGUGAUAAAGGGGAGGAAGCUAACAAAAUGGCCAUUUUACUUUUUUAAUAGCGCAACCAACCACACUGAAUAUAAAUUGGGAGGGGGAAAAAAAGCAACAGUUAUUGGCAAAUGUUGGAGUGAAACUGACCUGACUGGUUUCUCUGAGAUGACAACCACUGGAGUUUGACUCUGCCGCUUCCACAAGCCCAUCGGUUGGUUCUUUUACAAGCAAAGCUAAUUUAAUAAAUGCAAAAAUGGGACACAGCUGUCACUUGGGAGCAAUUGUGUGCUCAGUGAGUUUGACCCGAGUCAGCAGGAAGCUGAGCAGAGUUUAUGAGGACUUGAAGUCGACGAUAAGGACAUCCAUCAAGCACAGGUGAAUUUGAAUCUGCCGUAACAAUCAUUUGAGCACCAGUGGGCAGUCCUUCUACACACAGUGUGCGGCAGAGUGUGACAACGCGGCCUGGAAGAAGGCACUAGCUCCCCUUGUUGUUUUAAUAUAUGGUCUGUUACUACAGAGCGGCUCGUAGCAUAGAAUGAAAACUGCAAGGUUGUGUUUUGUCUGGUUCUGAAUACACUGCUACUACUACUCGACAUGCUCACACUUAGGAGAAAGUGAUGGAUCUAAGCAAUAUCAUAGAUGCCUCCUGUCCAUCUAAGUAUUGAUUUCACCGAAGUGAUUUCAGCAUACUUUUUUUUUUACAGCUACACUAUAACUCGUGCAGAAGGGUCUUCCAUUGAAAUCCGAAUGACUCUUCACGUGGUCAGAAUUUGUCAUUCAAACCUGUUCUCUGGGGUCGAACAUUAAAAUGCAAAGAUUUCAGCACCCAAAAUUGGUUGUUUUGGUAACACCAGUUCCCUUGUUUCUUGCCCUUCUCUAAUUUGGGUUCUAAUGUGAAAGAUUAAAUCUGAGAUGGCAAUGUAAGAUAUCUCUGGAUUUUUGUAUUAAAACCACACAAAAGUAAA